UUUUAAACCUGGUAGUUAUAUCAACUUUGAGCAAACGUUCGUAGUCCCUUCACUGGCUAAAUGAAUGAUAUGUAGGGAUGUAUAUGGCAGAUUGCUAACUAACCCUUACGUGUCCCUGACGCACUGUUUUGGUGGCGAUGCUUUGCACUGGAGGUGUCCUGCAUCAUUCAUCUACUCAGCCAAAUCGUGCUGUUAACUGCCAACAUCUGGGAGCAUUCUAUGGAUAGAUCCACACUUGCCCAACAGGUGGAGAGUGUUGAGCGUAAUGUAGCAUUUUUGCAGCAGGAACAUCGGAUCCUCCUGACCGGCCUACGGCUAGAGAUACGCAACCUGAAGAAACGAUGCAAUGAGCUGAGUUGUGAUCUAAGUGAAAGACCACCAGUAAGAAGCCGAGAAGGUGAGUAUAAAAUAUCACAAAAUUUCAGCCAUUUCCACGUGUUCCCUAAACUAUGUGUUACUAUAGAUAUAGAGUUGGAGGAAGAGCUGCUGCAGGCACGAUUACUGGAGACAGAGCAGCAUUUGGCUGAGCAGGAAAGUGCAAUGGUGGAGCUGCGGGCAGAGCUACGGAAAAAAGGGGCACUUGCAAGUGCACUACAGGUUCGACUUCGAGAUGAAGAGCGGCGGUUCCUGGAUGAGCUUAAACGGCGCAGUCAUAAGAUCACGACGCUGAGUCGUGACCUCCGCAAGCAGACCGAUGUGGCCGCUCAACUCUCUUUCCAACUCCAUUCAGCACACUUUCGAUUGUAUCACCAGACAGAAGACUAUGAGGAAGAUGACGAAGAAGAAGAUGAUGAAGGAGGUGCCGUGCAGGAAUCAGAAUGGACUGCAAAUUCUCCGUGGACAUCUCCAGUGACGGCAGAAAGCACACGUCAAAGCCGAGCUUCAGGAAGGAUGCGGAGAUCGGAGAGAGUGAGAGAAUGCGUGCCCCGCGAAAGGGUGCUUGGGCCCGAGGAGCCCCGCUCUAUGCCUGACCCCGCCCUUUUCCUUUAUCCUUUCAGACAUAGGCUCCUCCCCUUGCACAGGUCACUUGGAAGUCACUGGAGUGAAGGUGGCCUUUCAAGAAUGUCAGAAGCCCGAAUAGGUAGAUUCAGGGACCGACCACUGAGAGAAGACAUUGGACCAGAGACAACAGAGUUAUAGAGUGCAACAGUGCCCGUCCCUUUUUUCAGCAGCCUUUGCCCCAGAGGUAUUUUUCCAAUUCAUUUUUCCUAUAGGGAUUAUUUAAAAGUCUUUGUUUUGGAGUUAUGAGCCAUGAACCAAACCAACCGGUUACAAUGCGAAUCACAACAUUACAAAUUUUUAUUUGAAGCAAAAAAGUCUGAACAAAUCUGACAAAAAGACAAAGGUACAUGACUGUACUUCACAGCUUUAAUGAGGGAAAGAACUACAAUCCCAUGAAGCACUACAAAUGACAUAAUCAAAAUUACAUGAUGGAGAAACAUAAGACUAUUGAUUUAAAGACUUUAAUUAUAUACCUGUAUAUAGAAUUUAGCAUAUUAUGCAUACAAAUUAGUGCUGUCAAUCGAUUAAAAGAAGUUAACUAAUUAAUCGCAUAUUUCUGUAAUUAAUCGCAUAAACAUCAGAGUUUUUCAUAUUUUUAUGUUGUAAUAAUUUCAGAGUUACUCUCCAAAUUAAUGUAGAAACAACUUAAAGACAGUAUUUUAAUUUUUUUUUUUUUAAUGGCAUCUUUUUAUGAAUGAAGGCCAGUAUCACUGAUACUUAUACUGCUACUGAUGUCUCUAUGAAAUUGUUUUUUUUAAAACAUUAAUUAUAGACAUUCAAUAUUACAGUAUAACUGAAAGAUAUCAAUUUCAACAUUUAUUAGGCUGUAAAAAAUAACUUAAUUUAAGUUAACUUAAAACAAUCUUCAUAUUUGUUUUAUCGAUAGAUGGUUUUAUAGCCUGGGUGCCAGCCCGAACCCCGCCCACAACAUUUUUUGGACGGGAAGUUCGGUCUGGACUCGAUCCAUUGUGGAGUAAUGCUGCGUUCACGUCACCUUGUAUUUACCGGUAUCUUGAAAU